AUGGGUGACUACUCUGAUCAACUUGAAUUUUACGAAAAAUCACUUAAAAUAAGGCAAAAAGCUCUGCCUCCGAAUCAUCCCGAUUUGGCUAGUUCCUACAACAACAUCGGUACAGCGUAUUACGACAUGGGUGACUACUCGAAAGCACUUGAAUUUUGCGAAAAAGCACAUAAAAUAAAAGAAAAAGCUCUGCCUCGGAAUCAUCCCGAUUUGGCUACUUCCUACAACAACAUCGGUCUCGUGUAUAACGCCAUGGGUGACUACUCGAAAGCACUUGAACUUUACGAAAAAUCAUGUCAUAUAAGAGAAAAAGCUCUUCCUCAGAAUCAUCCUAAUUUGGCUACUUCUUACAACAACAUCGGUGGAGUGUAUAAGGACAUGGGCGAGUACUCGAAAGCACUUGAACUUUACGAAAAAUCACAUCAAAUAAGAGAAAGAGCUCUUCCUCCGAAUCAUCCCGAUUUGGCUACUUCCUACAACAAUAUCGGCCUUAUCUAUAAUCACAUGGCUGACUACUACAAGGCACUUGAAUUUUACGAAAAAUCACAUCAAAUAAAAGAAAUAGCUCUUCCUCCGAAUCAUCCCGAUUUGGCUCUGUCCUACAACAACAUCGGUGGAGUGUACAAGGACAUGGGUGACUACUCGAAAGCGCUUGAAUUUUACGAAAAAUCACAUCAAAUCUACGACAAAGCUGUACCUCCGAAUCAUCCCAAUUUGGCUACUUCCUACAACAAUAUCGGUCUUAUCUAUAACAACAUGGCUGAGUACUCGAAAGCACUUGAAUUUUACGAAAAAUCACAUCAAAUAAUAGAAAAGGCUCUGCCUCAGAAUCAUUCUGCUAUAGCUACUUCUUACAACAACACCGGCGCAGUCUAUAGCAACAUGGGUGACUAUUCGAAAGCACUGGAAUUUUUCGAAAAAUCACAUAAAAUCUACGACAAAGCUCUGCCUCUAAAUCAUCCCGACUUGGCUCUAUCCUACAACAACAUCGGUGGAGUGUAUAACAACAUGGGUGACUACUCGAAAGCACUUGAAUUUUACGAAAAAUCACAUCAAAUAAAAGAAAAAACUCUGCCUCCAAAUCAUCCCGAUUUGGCUACUUCCUACAACAACAUCGGUGCAGUGUAUAAUGACAUGGGUGCCUACUCAAAAGCGCUUGAAUUUUACGAAAAAUCAUUUAAAAUAAGAGAAAAAGCUCUGCCUCCGAAUCAUCCUGAUUUGGCUACUUCCUACAACAACAUCGGUGCAGUCUAUAACAAUAUGGCUGACUACUGCAAGGCAAUUGAAUUUUACGAAAGGUCGCAUAAAAUCGUCGAAAAAGCUCUGCCUCCAAAUCAUCCAGAUUUGGCUACUUCCUACAACAACAUCGGUGGAGUGUAUUAUCACAUGGGUAACUACUCGAAAGCACUUGAAUUUUACGAAAAAUCAUAUCAAAUAAGAGAAAAAGCUCUCCCUCAGAAUCAUCCUGAUUUGGCUACUUCUUACAACAACAUCGGUGCAGUCUAUAACAAAAUGGCUGACUACUACAAGGCAAUUGAAUUUUACGAAAAGUCACAUAAAAUAAUAGAAAAAGCUCUGCCUCCGAAUCAUCCCCAUUUGGCUGCUUCCUACAACAACAUCGGUGAAGUGUAUAAGGCCAUGGGUGACUACUCGAGAGCACUUGAAUUUCAUGAAAAAGCACAUAAAAUAAGAGAAAAGUCUCUGCCUCCAAAGCAUCCCGAUUUGGCUAGUUCCUACAACAACAUCGGUGCAGUGUAUAACGACAUGGGUGACUACUCGAAAGCGCUUGAAUUUUACGAAAAAUCAUAUCAAAUAAGAGAAAAAGCUCUACCUCAGAAUCAUCCUGAUUUGGCUACUUCUCACAACAACAUCGGUGCAGUCUAUAACAAAAUGGCUGACUACUACAAGGCAAUUGAGUUUUACGAAAAGUCACAUAAAAUAAUAGAAAAAGCUCUGCCUCCGAAUCAUCCCCAUUUGGCUGCUUCCUACAACAACAUCGGUGAAGUGUAUUACCACAUGGGUAACUACUCGAAAGCACUUGAAUUUUACGAAGAAGGUCUGGAAAUCACGAAAAAAGCUCUACCUUCGAAUCAUCCAGAUUUAGCUAUUCCCUACAAUAACAUCGGUCUCGUGUAUGACGACAUGGGUGACUACUCGAAAGCGCUUGAGCUUUACGAAAAAGCACAUCAAAUCUAUGAAAAAGGUCUGCCUCCGGAUCAUCCCAAUUUGGCUACUUCCUACAACAACAUCGGUCUAGUGUAUAAGAACAUGGCAGACUACUCGAAAGCACUUGAAUUUCACGAAAAAUCACUUAAAAUAAAGGAAAAAGCUCUGCCUCCGAAUCAUCCCGAUUUGGCUACUUCCUACAAUAACAUGGGUACAGUGUAUUUCGAGAUGGGUGACUACUCGAAAGCACUUGAAUUUUUCGAAAAAUCACAUGAAAUCUUCGAAAAUGCUCUGCUUCCAAAUCACCCUCAUCGGGCUUUGCCAUACAACUGGUUCGGAAAGAUUUAUCGCAGCAUGAAGGAUUAUCCAAAAGCACUGGAGAAUUUCGAAAAGUGUCUCGCAAUAUGGAAAAAAGCCUUACCUGACAAUCAUCCGAAUGUAGCUUUUGCAUUUAGUAAUGUUGGUGAUGUUCAUCGAUUAAUAAGUAAUUAUGAAAAGGCACUUGCAUUUCAUCAAAUAGCAUUAGGUAUACAAGAAAAUGUUCAAUGUAAUCCUCUGGAAUGUGCAAUGACAUAUAUAAAUUUAGGUGAAGCUUAUCGUGAAAUGAAAGAUUAUUCAACGGCAUUGACAUAUUUCGAAAAAGGAUUAGAAAUACGUGAGAAGAAAUUACCAAAAAAUCAUCCUGAUUUAGCUGUUGUAUAUCAUAAUAUGGCAAAGUUAUUUUUGGCUACACAAAAAUACAGUAUGGCAAUGAAAAAUGUUCAACAAGGGAUAGAAAUAGCUCAAGAAAAAUUACCUUCAACUCAUCAUCAUCUUUUGGAAUAUAAAGAAACAUUUGAAAAAAUUCGAAUGAAAAUGUAA